AUCCAAAUAGCCUAUCAAUUUUAAUACUUACUUCCUUAGUAAAAAACAAAUUACAAUUUUAACGGAUUUUUCUUGUGUGAUAACAAGGAGUAAAUUUCUUUACUGUAAUGUGGUUACUCAACCUAACCGUUUUGUCAUUUUUGUUUUCUGUAUCUGCAGAAUCUGUCUGCAAAUUACCAAAUACAAGUACAGUGUUAUUUCGCAACAUAGACCUUCAUAGAAAGUACUGCUGGAGUCGAGAAGAGCUGGCUUUGUUAUAUACUCGGAGAGCCAUGAUGGAAUUGGUUCCUCGGCAAAUUCCUCACAAUAUUCCUCUUUUACUCGAAUACAUUCAUAUCUGCUUGACCACCCUUAAAGAAAUUGUACCUUCAAAAACAGUUUACGAUUAUAUGGUUGCUGCCCUUGCAGACGUUUUUGGCGGUUAUUUGCAAACUUAUGGUUUGCCUCUUUUGAACGAAGCAUACUAUGAAGGAUACGUUUCUUAUGAUAAUGCUGCAGAAUUUUAUAGAGUGCAAGAGAACUUCAAAGGAAUUCUUAUGACGAACGGUGAUGGGUGGACAAAACCGAUGGAGGUCAGAAAACACAUCAACAGAAUUCUACCUCUCAAACUCCCAGCAAAGCCCUCCUCAAAACCAUGUAACCUCCUUUACGCUGAGAGUAUUGGUGCUUGCUCGAAAACCGGUGAUGAAUUUCCCAUCGACAACCAAUCAAAAACACUAAUACCUCUUCCCAUACUGGAUGACAACAGUAAGCCAAACUCUAUUGCAAUACCUUUCAAAAACCGAGCUCUGUUUAAUUUGAAAAGCAGGAACUCUUACGAUAUUUUGAUCAAAUACUACAUCGAAGCAUCCAGUUGUCUCACACAGUCGCAGAAAGGAAUGGAACAAUCCGAGUUUGACAGAGUAUUAUCAAACUGGCUUAAAACAAAAAUAUUGCCUCAUUUGAAAGAUGAAACCUGGUAUGUCGGAUUCAGCAAUGUUCUGCGAAUAGAAGAAACAAUACAGCAAAGGUCAGGAAUCAUAGCUACGAGUCAUAAAGAUGAAGAGGAGUCGUUGUUUGCUGAGCUUGAAAGUGAGGCACAACUAACAAAAGCUACUUACAUUGCUAUUAUUCUCAUACUACUACUUUCGAUAUUGUUCAUUUGUUUUCUGUACUGGGCGUUCAUAAGGAGCUGUCUUUGUUGCUGCAGACGUUCCGACUAUGAUUCGCAGAAAGAUUCUCAGUACGGAACGAGCACCACUUCACUAGUGACCAACUCUGAUAGCUACUCCCACACUUCCUCUGCUAACGGCAGCGAAUAUAAUGGACGAGUUUGCCAUCAUGGCCAAGCGCAAGACAAUCAUUGUGGCUCUCAUCGCUCGCCCGGUGGAAGAAACCAAUCACAAGAAAGUCGACUUACUAUGAGUUGUGGUUUGGGAAAAGGGCUUUUACCUUCAAAGUAUCGCAGGCAUCAUUAGAUACAAAAUUUGAGAAACUAUCAGUUGCAAUAAAAAGUGUACUCAAAUAAUAAAUUUAAAGGUAAAAAUAGAUUACAAGAAAGUUGACUCACUAGGGCCUAUAUGAGUUUUGUAGUCUGAAAAAUGGGUUUUCCAAAGAAUCGCAUGCAUCAUAAGCUAAAAUGUUUUAAAAUUAUUAGCUGUAAUAA